AUGGAAGCAGAUUUCGGCAAACGCGUGUACCAAGGGGUGCGAGUGAAGCACACGGUCAAGGAUCUCCUGGCUGAAAAGCGAUCCCGGCAGAGCAGCGGCUCCCGCUUCAGCGGCAGCACCAGCACAGCACAGUCACCCUUUGGCCAAAUGCCAGUGCCACAGGGUGGGUUCCUGGGUGAUGCUGGAGAGAAAACAGCUCUGCUUUGCACCCAUAGGGGCGUCCAUCAUUCUGUGGCAGCUGUUAGAAUUUUCUUUACACUUUUCUUUUCACUUUCCCACCCCAUUUUGUCCCCAGGCUCUCCCACCACCGCUGGUUACUACGGCGUGCGCAGACCCUUCCCAUCCGAGCUGGAUUUCCACGGCACCAAGCAGUUUGGCAGCGAUGCCUACCCCUCCCCUCUGGCCUCCAAGCCCUUCUCCUGCGACCCCUCUGCCCCCCAGGGCUGCCCAGCCCUGCUGGAGCCCUAUCUCAGCGAGCAGUUCGGGGAUCACCGUGCUGCUCCUCCUCCUCUCCCGGCUGCCACCAGUUCCUUCUUCAGCGCUCCGGCCGUGCCCUCUCUGCUGCCAUCCUUCCCCGGUGACACGGGACACUUCCUGCUCAGAGAGCCCUGGGAGCAGCCCUCACCCGAGAGCCUUGGCCAGCCUGACAGUGCCUGCUCAGAGCCCCUGCAGGCGCUCCCUGCCACCUCCAGCUGCCUCUCCCUGCCCGAACCCGGAGCUGCUUCCCCGUUCCGAGGCUCAGGCUGGAGCCCAGCCCUCCCUGGAGCCCAGCCCUACCCUCUGCACCCCCUUGAAGACGCCCACUACUCCCCCAGCUACGCUGCCACCUCGCCCUACAGCCUGUCCCCGUUCAUGGCCGUGGCCAGCGAGCCCUCCAGGAUGAGCCACCUGUGCCCAGAGCCACCCUCGGAGCCACCACACCUUCCCGAGCACUCUGCCUGGGCCAAAGAGGAUGGAGGUGCCCUCUGGGGGACUUAUGAAGGCAGGAGAACUUAUUGA